AGACACUGACACUGACUGGAGUCAGUGUGCGGUUUGGGAGAAAAUGUGUCGGAUAUUUUGGGGCGAUCACGUGGGCGGGCGGGCUCCAAGAGGCCCCGGGACAGUCCCAGCCUAGAGCCGGUGCCCCCCCAAGAGCCCCCCAUUACCGUGAGCCUCUGACACUACGACGCUCCAACCCCGAGACCGCCCGACGCCGGGACCUCAGGGCUCCGUGGCCUCCCUUCCUCCUCCCUUCCCUUCCAGCAGUUACAGCCCAGUCCCCUCAACCUGACCCAGUAUGUAAGAGGGAAUCUGCAGGUGGCCAGAGGGACUCUUGGAGAUCCAGUGGGCAGGCCAGGAAGGGCGCACGGAGCCUCCCAGGCCUUUUAGGCAGUGGGCAUGGGCGGGGGCUGUGGCUGAAGACCUCCCCCGCCCAUUGCAGAGCCCAGGGGGUUCAGCCUCCCACACUGCAGCUGCCAUGGCCACCAAUAAGGAGCGACUCUUUGCCGCUGGUGCCCUGGGACCUGGAUCUGGCUACCCUGGGGCUGGUUUCCCCUUUGCCUUCCCAGGGGCACUCAGGGGGUCUCCACCUUUCGAGAUGCUGAGCCCUAGCUUCCGGGGCCUGGGCCAGCCUGACCUUCCCAAGGAGAUGGCCUCUCUGUCGGUGGAGACGCAGAGCACUAGCUCUGAGGAGAUGGUGCCCAGCUCACCCUCGCCCCCUCCACCUCCUCGGGUCUACAAGCCAUGCUUCGUGUGCAAUGACAAGUCCUCUGGCUACCACUAUGGGGUCAGCUCUUGUGAAGGCUGCAAGGGCUUCUUCCGACGCAGCAUCCAGAAGAACAUGGUGUACACAUGUCACCGAGAUAAAAACUGUAUCAUCAACAAGGUGACCAGGAACCGCUGCCAAUACUGUCGGCUACAGAAGUGCUUUGAAGUGGGCAUGUCCAAGGAAGCUGUGCGGAAUGACCGGAACAAGAAAAAGAAAGAGGUGAAGGAAGAAGGGUCGCUUGACAGCUAUGAGCUGAGCCCCCAGUUAGAAGAGCUCAUCACCAAGGUCAGCAAAGCCCAUCAGGAGACCUUCCCCUCCCUCUGCCAGCUGGGAAAAUACACCACGAACUCCAGUGCAGACCACCGGGUGCAGCUGGAUCUGGGACUCUGGGACAAGUUCAGUGAGCUGGCCACCAAGUGCAUCAUCAAGAUUGUGGAGUUUGCCAAGCGGCUUCCAGGCUUUACAGGGCUCAGCAUUGCUGACCAGAUCACUCUGCUCAAGGCUGCCUGCCUGGACAUCCUGAUGCUCCGGAUCUGCACGAGGUACACUCCAGAGCAGGACACCAUGACCUUCUCGGAUGGGCUGACCUUGAACCGGACUCAGAUGCACAACGCUGGCUUUGGACCCCUCACAGACCUCGUCUUUGCCUUUGCUGGGCAGCUCCUGCCACUGGAGAUGGAUGAUACAGAGACCGGGCUGCUCAGUGCCAUCUGCCUCAUCUGCGGAGACCGCAUGGAUCUGGAGGAGCCUGAAAAAGUGGACAAGCUGCAGGAGCCACUGCUGGAAGCCCUGAGGCUAUAUGCCCGGCGGCGGAGGCCCAGCCAGCCCUACAUGUUCCCAAGGAUGCUCAUGAAGAUCACCGACCUCCGGGGCAUCAGCACCAAGGGAGCAGAAAGGGCCAUUACCCUGAAGAUGGAGAUUCCAGGCCCAAUGCCUCCCCUGAUCCGAGAGAUGCUGGAGAACCCUGAAAUGUUUGAAGACGACUCCUCGCAGACUAGUGCCCACCCCAAGGCCUCCAGCGAGGAUGAGGUUCUGGGGGGCCAGGGCAAAGGGGGCCGUAGCCCCCAGCCUGACCAGGGCCCCUGACUUCCCCUGCCAUGGGGAUUGGGGCUCCAGGCAGCAGACUGACCAUCUCCCGGACACCGCCAGUGACUGGGGGAGGACCUGCUCUGCCCUCUCCCCAUCCCUUCUAAUGAGCUCCUUGUUUUUGCCAAAGUUUCCAGGGGUGCCUCUGUGUUCACCCCCUUCCUGCUCUAAAUGGCUCCCUUUCCAGUCUUGGGAGCCUGCCCUGAUCCCUCCAGAAGAGAGGGCAGAGGGGUAAGCCUGGGUUAGGACUCUAAAAUCUCAGCACUGCCCUCAGACACCAGGGUCCCAGGCUCCCCAGGGCAGGAGGAAGCCCCUGCCAUUCCAUAGUCCCUUCCUCUGCCAGGUGCUUAGGCCUCUGGGAGCAAACAGGAACACUAGAGACCAAAAGGGGGUAUAGGGAGAGGGCUGAGCCCACCCUCUUGCCCCUGCCCUUGGUGCCUAAUGCUGCGUAUUGCACCUGCUGGGUGCAUUCUACCCUCUAUGCCCCAUCCUUGUGCCAGGUCAGGGUAGGGCAGGCUGGGCCCUGCAUUUCUGUGUGGGCCAGAGGGUGAAAGCGACAGAUGGAGGCUCAUUCUGCACCCCUUUGCUUGGGCCCAGAGUUGACCUUGUGCCCUCUGUUAUAAACUCCUCCCCAGCCCUGUCAUGUGCCUUGGGCUCCCCCUGCCCUCCAUCUCAGCCAUGGGGCAGGGACCCUCCUACACUACAGAGGGGCCAGGGGACCCCUCUCUACCUAGUGCCUUCCUCCCUGACCCCCAGAGCAGCUUGGCCCAGGGAGAGGGGGGUGGGUGCUGCUUAGCUGACCCUGCCCUGACCCAGAGGAAGCCUCUAUUUAUUUAUUAGCUUUUGUUUACACCCUGGAAUUGACCCCUUCCUCUAGGGGUCUUGGGAGGGGGAGCCCAGGGCCCCUGUAUCCCUUCCCUUCUUCCUCCAAUCCCCAGUUUGUAUUUAGCUGCCAAAUAAGAUUCCCACUGGCUCCCCUUUUUCUCUGGGGGGUCAGGGUGCUGUCCCCUCCCCUCUGUUUACAUCUCCCCUUUACCCCGCUGUAUCGCAUAUUGCUGAGUUUUCUAUUUUUACAAAAUAAAGUGAUGGAAACUCA